AUGGACAUUACCGUGAAACCUGCGGCGGGUGCAGGGACGGGUGCUGGUGUGGAGAAAGCGAAAAUAGAAUCGCAGGGUGGAGCGAAAACGGGGUUGGCGAGGUACGCGGACGAUAGUGACGACGACGACGACGACGACGACGACGGCGCAGGGUCGGAAGACGAAGCGGCGCACGAUGCGGAUGAGUUGCCGAUAUCGCAUCAGGCUGCGUUGAAGGAUCACCAGAGGACGGUAUCAGCACUCUCAAUCGACCCCUCCGGAUCCCGCUUCGUAACGGGCGGCCGGGACUGCAUGUUCAAGCUAUGGGAUUUCCACGGGAUGGACGCCUCGUUGAAGCCGUUUCGAUCGUUUGAGGCGACCAGUGGCAAUCCUAUCCGCGACGUGCAAUUCAGCCCCAGCGGCGACCAGAUCCUAAUGGCCUCCAGCUCCGCGCAGCCAAAGGUGUACGACAGGGACGGGGUCGAGAUUGUGGAAUUUGUUAAAGGCGAUCCGUAUAUCCGGGAUAUGCGGCAUACGAAGGGACAUGUGGCGGCACUUACGGCGUGCAGGUGGCACCCGUUUGAAAAGUCGACGUUCCUUACCGCGUCGCUAGACAGCACCAUAAGAAUUUGGGACGUGACAUCCAAACGAAGCCACAAACAGGUCAUCGCUGUGAAAUCAAAACAGCCGGGUGGGAAAACGGCGAUAACGGCCGCCGCGUACUCGCAUGACGGCAAGCUGAUUGCGGGCGGAGGGCAGGACGGCGCGCUGAGGAUAUGGAAUAGUAAUGGUAAUUUCCUGGCGCCUUCGCAUAAUGUCGAAAACGCCCACAUGCCCGGCGCACCCAUCACCUCCCUCACCUUCUCCCGCAACACCCCCUCCCCGCUCCUCGCCACCCGCGCCAUGGACGACACCCUCAAACUCUGGGACCUCCGCUCCCUCCGCCAACCCCUCCACACCGUCCCGAACCUCCCCAACUUCUUCGAAGAAACCGACGUCACCUUCUCCCCCAACGACCGGUACAUCCUCACCGGCACCUCCGUCAAAAAAGACCAAGGGUUCGGCACACUCUGCGUUUUCGACCGUGACUCUCUGAAGGAGGUCGCGAACGUACAGGUCGCGACGAGCUCGGUGGUCAGGGUCGCGUGGCAUCCGAAGAUCAACCAGAUUGUGUUGGGGACCGGGGAUGGGAGCGUGCAGGUUAUGUAUGACCCCGUGCUGAGCUUGGCGGGGAUCAAGGCGGCGUUGGGGAAGGUACCGAAGAAACGGGGAGAGUUUGCGGUUUUUGCUGAUGACGCUCAUCGACCCAUCAUCAACCCCCACGCCCUCGCCAUGUACCGCGACGACGCCCUCAACGCCUCCCGCUCCACCAAACGCAAGAUCGAGAAACUCCGCGCAGACCCCAUCGCGACCCGCAAACCCGACAUGCCGCUCAUGACGGGCCCCGGCCGCGGCGGCAAAGUCGGCACGAAUGUCACGCAGCAUAUCAUGAAGGGGCUGAUUAAGGAUGAUAGUAGGAGUCAGGACCCGAGAGAGGCGUUUUUGAAGCAUGCUAAGGAGGCUGAAGAAAAACCGUUUUGGGUUGCGCCUGCGUAUACCAAGAACCAGCCGAAACCGGUGCAUGCGGAGAGUGUGUAUGAGGAUGAAGGGGAGGCGGCGCGGGCUGCGGCUAAGAAGAGGCGGCAGUGA